UUAGCGUGUUCCGGCCUUCAAGUGAUGCAGAGAAAAGGCUGUGGAGCAUCACGGGAAGGCCGGAACCACGCUACAUAUUUGGGCAGUGGUAGAAUUUCUUUCACGAGACGAAAGUUGAAGAUUGGGGUGAAAACCGUUAGAAAGCUAGAACCAUGUCAGCUAUCCAAACAGACCGUCAAGAAGAAGAAAUGAAGCAAAAAGCCCAGAAAAUGGCCACCCAAGCCACAACGUCAAUAGAGAAGUUGCGAUACCAAUGUCUGCAGAGAGGAGCAAAGGGGAUUAAAGAACUAGGAAGAUCCUUCCGGAUCAUGGAUGAUUCUGGUGACAGGAAGCUGGACCUUGAAGAGUUCUCCAAAGGUCUUCAUGACUAUGGAGUUCAUCUUGACAACAGUGAGAUUGAAAACUUGUUCAAUGACAUGGAUAAAGAUGACAAUGGAAGCUUAAAUUUUGAUGAGUUUCUCAAAGCACUGAGGCCUCCUAUGUCGCAGGCACGUGUGAAUCUUAUCGAUCAAGCUUUUCGAAAGCUGGACCGUACUGGUGACAAGGUGAUUACUGUGGAUGAUUUGCGAGGUUUGUACAAUGCUCGCUAUCAUCCAAAGUAUCAAAAUGGUGAACUUACAGAGAAUGAAGUCUUUCAGCUUUUCUUGAAAAGCUUUGAUUCUCCCAGCAACCCUGAUGCUAAAGUGACGUGGGAAGAGUUUUUAAACUAUUACUCGGGCGUGAGUGCUUCGAUUGACACCGAUGCUUACUUUGAUCUAAUGAUGAGACAGGCAUGGAAGCUGUAGAUCAUUAAAGUUGAUCCCUUGGCAACUUUCACACUAAUCUGACUUAACUUUUAGAAAAAUCAAAGUAUUUGCAUUUAGGUACAUUAACUUUUUAUAUCGGAUUCUCUACCUUUCAACUAAUAGUGGUGCCAGUAACAGGAUUUACAACAGUACAUUCCAUUAGAUAAACUGGAAUUAUUUUAUUUCAUAAAUUAUUAUUUUUAUACUUCAUAGUUUUUUAGAGCUUCCAUUUCAUUUAAUACCUUAUAUUUGUAAACUGAUAAUCUCGGAUGUAAAUGAUCUGACCACGGUUUAUUUGGCAACUUACUAUAUAAACUUUUCAUAAAACAGAAAGUAAAUCUUAUGAAUGUUUAUUCAAGAUGCUAUAGUACAUGAAAAUAUUUCAUCUAAUAUAAACUCCUUUUUUUUUAAACAUUGUGGAAAUCUUUAAACUUGCAGCUUAACUUUGAAUUUUGUUGUUGUUGUUUUUUAUUUUUGUUUCAACUUUAAAGUUCUGGGUUUUUUUUGUAUUUUAUGAAUGUAUUUUAUCUUCUUUUAAUGUUUUUAAGAAGAAUGAAGUUUUUGUGAUGGAUGCUGGUGCUUUAAAUCUCAAUAUUAGUUUUUCUAGUGUUUUUAAUUCAACUAUAUUAACUAUUGUUAGACAGUUGUCUUCCAUUUUAUUAUCUUGAAAGACUAUAUGAAUUCAGGAAACGCUUGUGUAGUUACUUAAAUAAAAUGUCAAAAUACCA